AGGCUGUAGGUGGGACAAACACCGAACGUAAACAAAUCUUUCAAACCACAAGUCGACUGUAAAUUGUUCAUCUUAUUUGUUGUUUAACAUUAUGUAUUUUUAAUAGUUGUUCAGCAGUUAACACACGUCGGUUCUCCGUUUGAAAAUGAUAUACCAUGUUCCCUGGAUCUACACACCAGUGCGAACUGUCCUGGCAAUCUGGCACCAGCUGACCAAGACCGAGAUCCCAGAGCUGGCCAAAUGCUCAGUGCUGAUGAGGGAGCGCAGCAGAGUGGAGGAGACGAUCCACGCCAUGCAGCGAGCAGGUGCAGGCAGCCUGCAGGUAAUCUCAGACUUUGAUAUGACACUGACCAGAUUUGCCCACAAUGGAAAGAGAGUUCCCACCACUCACAACAUCCUGGAUAACCGGUUGUUGAUUGAUGAAGAUUGCACUAAAAAGAUGAGGGAGCUGUUGAACACAUACUAUCCCAUAGAGAUUGAUGCUAGCAGGACUGAUGAAGAAAAGCUGCCCCUCAUGGUGGAGUGGUGGACUAAAGUCCAUGAGCUGCUGAUUCAGCAGAGGAUCAGGAAGGACAUGCUGGCCCAGGCUGUCAAGGACUCCAGCGCUAUGCUCAGGGACGGCUACAAAUUGUUUUUCGACCGUCUGACGGAGCAGCAGGUCCCUCUGUUGAUCUUCUCGGCUGGUGUUGGUGACGUCCUGGAGGAGGUGAUCCGACAGAACCAGGUCUUCUAUCCCAAUGUCCACAUCAUCUCCAACUACAUGGACUUUGACCAAACUGGGGUCCUGCAAGCCUUCAAAGGCCAACUGAUCCACACCUUCAACAAGAGGGACGGUGCUUUGUCACGUGCGGCUGGCCUCAGAGAACUGCAGGGCCGACCCAACGUGCUGCUGCUGGGAGACUCUUUAGGAGACCUGACCAUGGCCGACGGCGUGUCUGAGCACGAGAACAUCCUCACCAUCGGCUUCCUCAACGACAAGGUGGAAGAGAGAAAAGAGUCGUACAUCAACUCGUUUGACAUAGUACUGGUGCAAGACGAGACGAUGGACGUGGCAAACGCCAUCCUCAGAUACAUUACCUCAUCAAGGCACAGCAAGUAAGAAGCAGAUGCAAGAGCUUUAUGACAACAUACACACAGAUGGGCUUGUUCACCAUGUUGUAUGCUGAACAAUCACACAUCAUCACUUACCUCAAACCAGAACUUAAAACUGGACUUUUGUUGUUGUUGUUAUCACACUCAGUGUUUUGACUGUGAAUCAAAUUGUAACCCGCUCUACCAAAGUCAAAAGGUUUAAAAGAUCUUAAUUAGGUUCAUAUUUUUCAACUUAGUCUAGAGGAAUCUGUGAUUUAUGCCGUUAUUUAUAACUUUACAGACUGUACAGUACAGUACCAGCAGCCCACCCUCUAAAAAACAAUCAGCAUCCUCCUAAAUACGUCAGUAUAAACAAUUACAGGGUGUAUUUCUAAAUGUCAGUCCUCUCUUCAGCCCAUAAACCCUUUAAAAUGUUUACAUUGUUGUUUUACAGAAUGAGGAUUAUUUUAAAUAUUUUUUACAUUAAACUUGUGUACGAGCAAAGACGUAACACAUUUUGUAAAUGUCUCUUCAUCUGGCAAAUCUUCUCCUUUUAUAUUGACUCUGUUCAGGUCUGUUUUGUGUGUACUUUAUAUUACAUCUGCAUACACUGCAAGUACCUUUUGCUCAAGUCUACACAUACUGUGCACACAGAUCAUCCGUUUACUUGCAGGGUAUAACUAACUUGACAGUGCUGUCAGUCUUAAAGCUUUUGUAAUAGUUAUCUAUUUAUUUUAUUCUGAGUUAUUCUAACCAUGUAACUUGUUACUGCCAGCAUCAAACACAAUGCUACAGUAUUCCCAAGAAUAGAACAUACAAUCUGGGAUGUGUGUGUUUAAUGAGUGUUUGGUCUUUUAACUGAAAAAUUGUUGGUGCUGGACAUUAGGACCUAACAUUGAGUUAGUUUCCCUUUACUCUAGGUGUUUUUGAAGAAAAGAUGGAUAUGGACUUACUUGUAAGUGUGCUGUUCUCAUCUUAAGAUAUAGUUCACGUUUCUAAAUCACAGUAAAGAACAUAAACAUUUUACAUUGUCUCGGUAUGCUACUAGUAUUUUUUUCCGAUGCAGUAUUAUGACAGUACGGUCAUUAAGGUCAUUACAUUGACAAAUCAUGUUGUUUUUAAGUUACCAGUAUCCAAUAGUUUCUCGACAAUAUUAAUCUUAACUCAUAAAUCUUUUCUUAGUACAUCUGCAGGGAUACAUCAUUGGGCAUUAUCAGAUAUUUCUGUGUUAAUUGCCUGCUUUUUAAAAUGACUAAUACCGUGUUACUAAUUUGAUUACAGAGAGUUGAGAUAUUUAAAUGCUAAUUCUUAAAAACCUGGUGCAGGAUGCAGAGGUGCAACAUUGUUUGAAGUCACGUUGGUGCCAGACACCAUCUUCUUUACUGCCAAUAUGUCUAUGUAGCUUUCUAACCUUUUUCAUGCCAUGCAUUCUUCUUCCUUCUCAAAACCUGGCACCUACACUACCCACAAUAUAACUGGACCGCAGACAAUUUGGAUUUGUGUUAUGCAGUACUAUUUCCCAAAAUCUGUAAAGAGACCUUUUAUGUGUAAAAUUUGCAUAAUUUCCCCAUUCCUCAAAGUGUACAAGUGAAAACAGUUGUGUCUCUGCAUCUUGCAAUCAAAGGUUUAUUUUUGAAAACACAUUUUUUUUAAAGAUGAUCAGCUGCUACCAACAGUUUGUCACAUUGUAUUUAUUGGUGUACCUCGCUUUUUUCAAAAUAAAGAUGCAGUUUUGUCAGAUAUCAGAUGAUUUAUUUAGCUGGGAUAAAAAAAAAUUGAAAGAAAAAACAAAAUCUUAGAAACAGUUUAAUAAUAUGACUUUAAUGGACAAAUGAAGGUGCUAGUUUGGUUUUCUUGAAUACAACUAUCAAAGACAAUCACACAACACGGAACACCCUUUGCACUAUUUUCUUGUCAUUUAAAAAGAAUGUGGUACAGAAAAUAUCAAACUAAGAUGAUGUAUGGAGAAAGUCCCUCAUUGCUUGUUUUAAAGUGUGUGGGUUUAUCCCAGAAAGAGAA